CCAUUCGCUGCAUCUAUCUCACUCUGGUUGUCCGUGCCUCUGCUGGCCUUAUCUCCCAAAGGCCCGCGCGUGUGUUCCCGGCAACCGUAGGUAGGCUUGUGCAUCUGUCAGCUGUGUCACUCACUGGCGACUCCCUGGUGAGGUCAAGUGGUGCCUGAGUAGCUACUGAGGUGACCCUGCUUGAGGUUCCCAGGCCUUUGACCUUUCUCGCCCGUGGUACCCCGGGGGUAGAGUGGUUGCCCUGGUCGACUGAUGGCCUCGCCUUGAGCAGCGCGACCUUCCGUGUUCGCGGACGGCGUGAAUGUAAGGAAGUCCAGGAACGCGCGUCUCGGUGUCGAUUCCGGGUGGGUCAGUCGCAGCUCCUGUGUGGUGCGGAGCAGCCUCCGUAGCUGCUGCAGGGUUGGAUGGGAACCGUGGCGGGGCUCCGCGCUCCACGCUGCUCUUUGGUGUCCCGACAGUUUGUAAUGAGACUGUUUUCCCUGCCUGUGCAGGGCAAGGUUCGCUAACGCGUUCCCCAUUUUGCUCUCACACAAAAAUGUGUAACCUUGUCCUGUUAGCCUCUGCCAAAAGACUAAUUUACAGGGCAAAUUUAGUUGACACGUUAAUCAUUUUAAUUUGAUAAAAUCUCAGACACUGUAAAGGAAUGAAGUCUGUGUUGCACUCCGUGUAACUAUUAAACUUCUUUUACAUUCAGUUUAAAAAUAUAUACAUGGGCAGCCGGGCGUGGUGGCCUACACUUGUAAUCCCAGAUUGAAACUGGGAGAGGCAGGAAGGCUUCGAGUUCUGGCUCAGCCUGCACAGCUUAGAGGACCCGGUCUCAAACAACAAGCAAAACCCAAGACGCCUAGUGAGACUUGAAGCUCAGAUAACAAUGAGUUUAUUGUUAGUAUUACAGUUUCAGCUUUAGUGUGAUAAUUUUUAACAUAUUAGUUAUUUGUGAAACAGCUGUAUUGCAGAGUAGUGCUCCCAGAUUUAGUGAGUAAAAAUAUAGGCAGUCUGGUUAAAUUUAAAUUCCAGAAAGACAACAAAUGUUGUUACUACCAGUGUGCACCAUAUUUACUUUAUUUAAAAUACUUUAAAUAUAUUUCACAUAAAUGUUCUUUAAUUUUAAAAGUUUUGUUUUUGUUCUCUUGAAAUAGGGCCUGACUAUAUUGCACUGGUUACCCUUGAACUUAACCACAUUGCACAGGCUGGAUCUGAGCUUGUGAGCCCCCUGCCUAGCCUCUAGCUGGGAUUAAGGGUGUGUCCACCUGAAUCCCUUUGUCUUGCAGCCCAUAUGUGGUGCCCAGGCUGUCUGGUAUCCACAAAAUACCCUUCCCUGUCCCAGUGCCUCAGACAAGUCACUGGAUUUAAGGACCCAGUGCCAGCAGUGAAGCCCGCCUGCACUAUCCUUAGCAGAGGCCAGGCCAGCUGCCUGGCCCCUCCACGUCCAAUGACUUCCAGAAACUCCUGCACCUUCUAGGACCCCCACAUUGGCCUGAAACACCCUACUCCCCACAAAGAUGUCAUCCCCACUGUGGGCCCAGACACCCAGGGGUCUCUGCGCCCCCAAGCCUCUCAAGCCUAUCUCUCCCAACAAGUACUCCAUGUCAGGGCCCUCCAACCCAGGAUCCACCAGGUCCUGCUUCUGAGAAGACAAUGUCUGAGACCUUCAGAGAAGAAACUGCUGAGACCUGUGAGGCUUAGAAGUCAGUCCAUUUACAAAAAACACAUAUAAAAAGCUGAGUGGGGUGGGGCACACCUGUAAUCCCACCACUCUGGGAGGCUGAGGCAGGAGUAUUACAAGUUCAAAUCCAGCCUGGGCCACUUAGGGACUUAAUAGGGACCUGUCUCAAACCCAUCACACUCUGGGGAUACAGCUUAGUCUGAGAGUCCUGGGUUUGAUUCUCAGUGACUCAAAAAAAGAAAAAAAAAAAAAAAAACAGAAAGAUCCAGUAGGAUGCCCUUGUACUUGCAGUCAUGUCAUGGCUUUCUCCCAUGAAAAUCCACAAUUUAGAGAUUCACAAGAGGUGAAGAUGCAAACCACGUGGCUGGCCAUCAGGGGGCUCUAUCCAAAUUUCAUCCAUGCCCUUGAACAAGUAGGGACAGCUGCUGUGUCCCACAGAUGAGUGCUAUGCCUGGGGUGCCUAGAGCUUUAUCCAUCCCCAAAUGCUCAUAAAACUGCAGCCUCUCGCCCUGAAUGCAAUUUCCCUCUUAAAGCCUCACCAGCUGCCCUUCUUGGCAGUGUUCCCUGAUCUGAAUUAAGUCAUCUUUUCCAUGCCCUCCCCUGCUGGUCAGUUCUGUCACCAGUCCUCUGUGCACCUUGCUCUGCCCUGGUAGUGCUCAUGUGGAGCAGAUGCUGGGGUUGUGGCACUAAACAGCUUCUGGGUAAGCUGCCAGCACCUUGUGGGCCUGGCUUAGGAGAAGCCACACCUUGUCUAGGUGAGCAGGGAUGGAAGAGGGCAGACAGGACUGCAGGAGGACCAAGCCUCCUGACUCUGAUGUCUUGUGUGCUCUGUGUUGCUCUCAGCUCCUAAGAACAGCAGCCUUUGGUGUGUGAACAUCUCCCUUCUGUAGUGUUUAAGAAGCUUCCACACACAUGUUGGGCGAGCAGCUCAUCUACUGCCAUUUCUCAGUCCCUGCCCAAAGAGCCCCAAUUUCCACACAUGUCAUCCAAGCCACAUACUCAUGCCUCCUGGAGACCAUCUGUUCCCUGGAGUCUUGAGAUCUUUGGUCCCCACAGAUCCAAGAACCCUCUACAGACAGAACUUAGGGAGCUGCAAGGUCCCAGGACGAGUCUGAAACUCCCACCUUCCCUCAGGUUUCAUUCUCUGGGCAGCCCCACAGAGCAGGUGCCCUCACCUAGGGCAGUAACAGAAGUGUGGGGACUUGACAUAGCAGGGUCCAGACAGCAGCCAGACAACCAGCCGCAGGAUAAAAUUCUUGGAGCCACCCUCUAGGCUUCGGAAAGCCAUAGAUCCUACUUAACUUGAAGUCAGCAGGCAAGAUCUUAAAAGUGCAGGAUGGAGACACUUCUACUCUGCCACAUUCCCGGGUGCUCAAAGCUGGGGCUGCUGUUGGGCAGCUGCCAGCUCAGGCCUUUGAGCUUCCAUAGUGAACCUGAGUGUGUCUAAGCAGUGUUCACAGCUUCAUGCCUAUGCUACAUUGACCAGAACAGUCUCACAGAGAAGAGUUAGAAAAAUGCAGUCUGUCUGGGUCCUAUAAUUGAGACAAAUUAGUGAAGAGAAAAAAAUAAUUAGAUCUCAGGGAAUCGGGAAGGAGCUGACAGGAAAACACAGAAAAACUGGAGGAAUGGAACAUCGAGCAAGGCAGAAAAUCUGGAAAUUCUCCAGCCUCUGGGGAGGUGAGCACUGAGUGUCAGCAGUUCCGUGGAAACUCAGCAGCCUGGGCCAGCAGUGCCAGCCCCAAGAAAAGUUCACAUCUUUUGUGAAUUGUAAGCUGAAAAACAGCAUGCAGUUUCACACUGAAAGUAACUCCUGCAUGGCAGGCUAGAGUUGGAGAAGAGAUCCAGUUGAGCACCUGCCAUAUUUGAGAGGGUUUUACCAGGAACCAUUCGAGAAGGGGUGGUUUGAGCUGCAGCAGUUUUACUUCAGCGUUCUUGGUGGACCUCUACUGCAGGGACUGGGCGGGGAGAUGAACACAAAUGAUAGUCACAGAGCAUGGGCUGGACAUAGAUUCCCCAAGAAGUUCAAGCUCAGCUCAGAAAGGGCACAUUGCCCCAGCCUGCAUGGUGAGAAGCCAGGCUGUAGAUCUGUGACUUUCAGACUUGGCUGAGUUUGAAACUGCUGGCUAAGUCUGGUGAUCUACAUUGACCCUUCAUGCCUGGCUGCCUACAGCCAGCAGAAAUCAUGGGACUGGCUGCUUUUCUGUUUACCAGUGUGAGCAAGGAUACAUCUCCACGUCUAGAAGCCUGGGUGUAUGUGGGCCUCUGGGGAGAGGCUGAUGUCUCACAAAUCCACAGACCAAAGAGCCAGGCAGAGAAAGUCUGCUCACAGAGGAGGAGAACACUGGGAUCUGCCAACGUGGCUAAACUCCUGGGGCAGAAACCAUUGAUGACCAAACCCGGUGGGAAUGGUCCUGCAGGGCUUAGUGUUGACACACAGAAAUGUGAGUGUGGAAACAAGAUAGGCCAAAUAGGAAAUGUAAGCCAAAAUAGAAAAUUAGAAGGAUGACAUGAAUUUUUUUUAACUUUUAAUUUUAUUUUAAAGAUGAUAAAAGGAAUAUAAAACAAUAAAACCAAUCAAAACAAGACUUCAAAACAUUAUGAAAUCCACAGUAGUUACCAUAAUGCCUUUUGUUGUCUCCAAAAUAGCUGCAGAUACCUUUGGACAUAGUAAAAAUCAAACACAACAAUAGAAUAGAAACAAUAAAAACAAAACAAUGCAAUAAAGGACUUCAAAACAAGCCUGUGUUUCUCUGGAUCAGCCAGGGUGGGGUGGGGGAUUGGUACUUCUUGUUUGCCAGCCCAUGCGCCAGCCUAGUGGCUGGGGUCUGGCUGCCUCCACUCCUGCAUCAUACCUCAGAGGCUACGACAAUACCUUGAAUAUUACCUGAUUCGGUACUAACUGAAUGAACAUGCAAGACCAACCAUACUCCUGCCAUAUAAUGGGAAACUACACAGCAAUUAAGUUAGAUAAAAAAGAGCUUCAUAUAUCAAAGAUAAAUCUCACAAUGAUGAAUACUGCGAGCCAAAAAUAAUCUGUGGAUUAAACCUUAAGGUAACCCCUAGCAUUUACAUAAAAGCAGUUAAGGCUUUGCGUUGCUCCUGAGAACAUAAGUUGUAAAAUUUCAGGCGUGAUGUCACAGGAGGGUGGCUGCCUGUGAGGGAAGGGAUGCUGACUGCCAUACUAUUUAUCAUCCUACAACCCAGCUCGUAGUAAACUCCCCUGCCUUUACCUUUCACUCUUAUCGUCUGGCUCUGAGGAAAUGGAGGCAGUGGAUCCCCUCACAGGGCACGGGUUAUUGCGGGACAUUUCACGGAAGAAGGCCACGUCUGGGAGAAACGAUUUCCGCAGCUGCUGUUUUUUUUCCACCCAGAAGCCUCCGUGCCAGCAGGGCCGCAGCCCGUGAUGCCUCCCCGCACAGAACACAGGAUCCAUCCAGCACACACAGAUGUCUGAGGGGAGCCUGACAGAGGGAGCGGCACUUCCACACACCUGCAGCCAGCUUGUCCGCCCCUUCAGGGCCCCAGCUGAGGAGCUCCGCGUUGGGAGACCGCCUCCUCGUUCUGGAGACAACGGGCGCCACGGCAGUCCGGGAGACCUACUGGGACCUAAGUUUAAAUUAAUUAUGUCCUCUGCCUGAGCAGCUUUUCCCACCUGUUCCAUGGUCGUCUAAGCACCCUACCCUGGCGUCUUCCGAGCCCCCCCCCCCAUCCUUCCUUCUCAGGCACAAGUAACAAGGGCGGGCGCUCCUCCUAGCCCUGUCCAUUUUUCUGUAUUUCUUCCCUGUCUCACGUUGCUAUGGUUUGCUUCUAAAGGUCCAUCCAUAGCGGCGCCCCUAGAUGGGACUUCGAGGCGGCGAUUUGGUAACGUAGGUGGCAAGAUCCUCCAGAUGGAUUAGUCCGCAGAGGCUGGGAAGCGGAGCCUGGUGGGCGGAAGUGGGGCGCUGGGGGCGUAGCCAAAAGGGUUUAUCUGCUACUCGCCUGCCUGAAUCUCAACGCUUCCGGCUGCUGCCCGUCCUGGCUUGGAGCCGGCUGAGUGUCAACCGAAAUCUCUACAAACUGAAGCAAAACAAACGCCUCCUCUUUUAUCUUGUGCGCGUCGGGUACUGUGUCUCGGGGAUGAGGAAGCCACGUGUCCUGUCCGCCGUGUGCUGGGACCAUAGUCUUGGACCUCUGAUUAUAUGGUGAACAGUUCACAAACGCCCAGUAAAGAAGCUGAGCGCGUAGGAAGGUUGGGCUUCUCGAAGCGCAUAACAGCGGAGACAGACCAGCAGCAGGCGCCGCUGGAAAGCUUCCACACAGAUGGGCGAUUCGUCUGCGCUCUCUGGGGCGCAGUCCCGCGGUCUCCGCGGUGGUCUGCACAGGAAAGGGCACCUUCAGAGUUCGGCUCCUCGCCCAGCAGGCGGCGCGAUGACAACCAUUCUCCCCCCCGGGACUGGAGGAAGCGAUGUCUGCAGCGCCUGGUCCUGCUAUAGCUCCUGCGGGGUCAGCAUCCCUGUCUGUAGGUAAACUGAGGUUCUUUGCAGUGGUGUCCCGAAGCCUUUACAGUAGACCGCGGCGGCGGAGAGGAGCGCAGUCCCUGCUAGAUCCACGAGCUACACAGGGCUCCACUCUGCACAGGUGGGACGCCGGCGGCCCGCCCACCCCCGAGGCGUGGGGCGGGACUUCCUGUGAAGGCCGGAAGCUGCCGAAGGACUACAGCUCCCAGCGGCGCUCGCAGCGCGUCCCGGCCCAGGGAACGGCCGCCAUUGUCCGCCGUGGAGGUGAGGCUCUUAGGCGGAUCGUCGGGCGUCGAGGUUGCGGGCGCAGAGCGGAUGGCCUGUGGGGAGAAGUUCCCGCGGUGCCCUAGCUGCGCCGGCCGCGGUGCUCCCAUCCCCCGCCCCGCUGCUCUGGGCCCGCGCCCCGCCGCCCCGCCCGGGUUUCUGCGCGACUGUCCGGCGCUGGUGCUGGCCUCGGUGCCCUCCGCGGUGCCCUCCCCGGCCUUGGUGUUAGGGCCAGGCGGCACAGCUUCUUAGGAGUCUCUUGAAUCCAUGGAAUUGUCUUCUUGGAUAUAAGAGAAGGGACCAGUUCUGUUGUUCCCACUUGAUCUUUAGGUUGACAGUUGGCUGUGCUCCCGGGCAGGAGCUUGGUUGAUCAGUCCUCAGGAUGGCCGCCCUCAACCCCUGGAACUCAUGGGGUUCCCUUAUGGACCAGUCCUGGGGGAUGGCAGCAGUUGACCCAUGGUCCUCCUGGGCUUUCUGUCCUCAGGACCCUGUGUGGCAUGAGGAGAGGAGAAGUGCAGCUGGUCUCCCCACAGCCCAGGUCCAGAUGGGCUUUUAAGUCCCCUGACCCAUUUUUGUUCAAGUCCAAACUUUAUGGCAUCCUUGAGGUUUCACAUUGUGCACAUAUACCACCACAGACUUCAUGGCCUCAGACAACAUUUUAUUCUCUUGCUCUGGAACUCAGAAGUCCUCAGGAACCAGUGACCUUCUGGGACGUGGCUGUGGACUUCACCCAGGAGGAAUGGGGGCAGCUGGACCCUACACAGAGGACAUUGUACCGCGAUGUGAUGUUGGAGACCUUCGGGCACCUGCUGUCUGUGGGGCACCAGAUUGCCAAGCCUGAGGUCAUCUCCCUGUUGGAGCAAGGAGAGGAGCCAUGGUCGGUGGAGCCUGUGCACUCUCAGAGCUCUUGUCCAGAAUGGAUGAGAAAUCUUGAAAACAAAGCACUGAUCUCAGCACAGAGUAUUUUUGAAGAACAACAACCCCAUGGCAUGAAGUUGGGAAGAUUCCUAUUGGAUGAUUCUUGGUUUUCCAGAUUAGGAGUUUUGGGAUAUAAAGACCAAUUAGAAAUGUAUCACAUGAACCAGAGUACAGCUAUGAGGCAAAUGUUUUUCAUGCAAAAACAAGUACUAUCUCAAAGAGGUUCUGAAUACUGUGAACUUGGGGCUAAAUAUAGUGAAAGCUUAAACUUUAUUCCAUCUCAGAAAGUUUCCCAGUUAGAACAUUUUUAUAAGCCUGACACACAGGGUGAAAGUUGGAGAUUUAACUCGGCCAUAAUGUAUGCAGAUAAGAUUAACUAUGACAGUAAAAAUUGUGACAAAGCAUUUAACCAGUCCAUUCAGCCUGUUCUUCCAUUAAGAAUGCAGACUGGAGAUGAUCUUUUCAAAUGUACUGAGGGUAUAAAGUCCUUCAAUAAUGUCAUACAUUUUGGUGAUCAGAGAGGAAUACACACAGGAGAAAAACUGUAUGAAUACAAGGAAUGCCAUCAAAUUUUUAACCAGGGCCCAUCAUUUAAUGAAGAUUCAAGACUUCAUAUUGGAGAAAAUCAGUAUGAUUAUAAAGAAUAUGAAAAUAUUUUUUACUUUUCAUCCUUUAUGGAACAUCAAAAAAUUGGUACUGUAGAGAAAGCAUAUAAAUACAACGAAUGGGAGAAAGUCUUUGGAUAUGACUCUUUCCUUACUCAACACACAAGUACAUACACUGCAGAGCAACCCUAUGAGUAUGACGAAUGUGGUACAUCUUUCAUCUGGAGCUCUUAUCUCAUUCAACCUAAGAAAAAUGCUGGAGAGAAACCCUACCAAUGUGAUAAAUGUGGAAAAGUUUUUAGGAAUCGUUCAGCUCUUACCAAACAUGAGCGGACUCACACUGGAAUAAAACCCUAUGAAUGUAACAAAUGUGGGAAAGCUUUCAGUUGGAAUUCUCAUCUGAUUGUACACAAGAGAAUUCAUACAGGAGAAAAGCCUUAUGUGUGUAAUGAGUGUGGGAAGUCCUUUAACUGGAACUCCCAUCUCAUUGGACACCAGAGAACUCAUACUGGAGAGAAACCAUUUGAAUGUAGGGAAUGUGGGAAGUCGUUCAGCUGGAGCUCCCAUCUCAUUGCUCACAUGAGAAUGCACACUGGUGAGAAACCCUUUAAAUGUGACGAAUGUGAAAAGGCUUUUCGGGAUUACUCAGCUCUUAGUAAACAUGAAAGGACUCAUUCUGGAGCAAAACCCUACAAGUGUACAGAAUGUGGAAAAUCAUUCAGCUGGAGCUCCCAUCUUAUUGCUCACCAGAGGACCCACACAGGAGAGAAACCUUACAACUGUCAGGAAUGUGGCAAAGCAUUCAGGGAACGCUCAGCCCUUACUAAACAUGAAAUUAUUCAUUCUGGAAUUAAACCCUAUGAAUGUAAUAAAUGUGGAAAGUCUUGUAGCCAGAUGGCUCACCUUGUUAGACAUCAAAGGACUCAUACUGGAGAGAAACCCUAUGAAUGCAAUAAAUGUGGAAAAUCCUUCAGUCAGAGCUGUCACCUAGUUGCUCAUCGGAGAAUCCACACUGGUGAGAAACCCUAUAAAUGUAAUCAAUGUGAAAGAUCCUUUAACUGUAGUUCUCACCUAAUUGCACAUCGGAGAACUCAUACUGGAGAGAAACCAUAUAGGUGUAAUGAAUGUGGGAAAGCAUUUAAUGAAAGUUCUUCCCUUAUUGUGCACUUGAGAAACCAUACUGGAGAAAAACCUUACAAAUGUAGUCAUUGCGAGAAGGCUUUCUGUAAGAACUCAUCCCUUAUUAUUCAUCAAAGAAUGCACAGUGGACAGAAGCGCUUCAUAUGCAGUGACUGUGGAAGAGCCUUCAGUGGUCACUCGGCCCUCCUUCAGCACCAGAGGAGUCACAGUGAGGGGAAACUGUCCUUGGACUGAUAAGAGAAUUUUUUAUUGUACGUUGGUAACACUGAUGAUACUGUUUGAAUAUAAGCAAGAGGGAAAAGUUUUAAAAAGUUCACUAAGACUUUCCUAUGAUUCAGUACAAAACUGAGGAAUGAAGUUAGUAAGUAAAAGCUUACAGCAGUUUUAUAGCCCUCAUUCAACAUUAGAUAAUUAGAGAACAAAAGUGGUUUUCAGGAAUGCCCAUUUAAGGAAACAUGGUUUGGGAGUGAGGUAGCUUUCAGUACAUGCUCUUUCAGAUUUUAUAGAUAGAUUAGUGUGUAUCACUAAGGGAAAGCUAUCUACCAAGAAUGGUGUUUGACUGGAAAUAGUUUUUCAUCAGGGCAGAGUACUGGAUGGAGACAUUCACAUUUUGUGCAUAGUUUUAGAAAUGCAGAUAGGUUUUGCUAUUACAAAAGGAGGGUCUAGAUGUUAGCAUAAACACUAAAUUUGAGUUUAAGAAAGAAAAUAGUAUAGUAUUGAAUGGGCUAUAUACUUUUGAUAAGAUUAACCUUAGGGAACAAUUAGUCAAUGAGAUUACUAAUUGUGGAAAGGUUGUCUGUAGAAGUCUGAGGUGGUGUUGGCAGAGGUGACACUAAAUCACCCAAAGUGUCAUUGUCUUUUGUGUUUUCAUUACUGCAUUGUUGGACAGUUAGUCUAACUUAUCUUAGGUGAUCACUAUAAGUUAUACAUUAAUUGUGGACACUGCAUAUAUAACAUGAAGGAAUAAAAUGGACACAGAAUUGUGUGCCGGUAUCUACUAUAGCAGAUCUAAAAAGUGUGUAGGGGUAAGAAUCUGAUAGAAUCAUGGAGAAAUUAAUCCAGUUAACUUAAGGAUUUAUUUCAUUGUAUAAGCCUACCACUUACUAUGUUUUUCAAAUAUUAGUUUAUUCAAUCCCUUUAACUAUGAGGUAGAUACUGUGAUCAUCACAGGUUUAUGAGUGGGAAGACUGAAGUGGCAAAAGUACUGAAGUAAUUGCCAUGGGACCACUUCUAAUCAGCAGUAGAGUUGAGACUGGUUCCAUAGGCCAUGUUUUUAACCACUGUGUCAUCCUGACUCCAGUGAUACGUUUUCCAAAUGCUUUCCCUUUUCUUGUUCAUUGUUUGUAGAGAUUUGAUAAUAAAAUUGAAGUAAGUCUUAAUAAGUGAGAA